AUGAAAUACACAAGUUAUUUCUUGGCCUUUCAGCUCUGCAUCAUUUUGGGUUCUUCUAGCUGUUACUCCCAGGACAUAGUUAAUAAAGAAAUAGAAAAUUUAAAAGAAUAUUUUAAUGCAAGUAAUUCAAAUGUAUCAGAUGGCGGGUCUCUUUUCUUGGAUAUUUUGGAUAGAUGGAAAGAGGAGAGUGACAAAAAAGUAAUCCAGAGCCAAAUUGUCUCUUUCUACUUCAAACUCUUUGAACACUUAAACGACAACAAGAUCAUCAAAAGGAGCAUGGACACCAUCAAGGCGGAUCUUUCGGCUAAGUUCUUCAACAGCAAUGGAACUAAACAGGAGGACUUCCUAAAGGUGUCUCAAGUUCAGGUAAAUGACUUGAAGAUCCAGCGUAAAGCAGUGAGUGAACUCAAGAAAGUGAUGAAUGAUCUGUUACCACACUCUACCCUAAGGAAGCGAAGAAGGAGUCAGUCUUCGAUUCGGGGUCGGAGAGCAUCCAAAUAA